ACAUGAUCCCGUUGAAGCAAGUGUUCACCCCACAGGAAAUGGAGGCUAUCUUUGUCAAUCUUGAGGAUGUAAUCAAAGUCCACUCCGCCCUCCUACGAGCCAUAGACCUGAACAUGUUGAGCGGAGGAAGCGGACUGGGGAAGAUCUUCCUCGAAUUCAAAGAAAGGUUGUUGAUCUACGGUCUUUACUGCAGCCACAUGGAGAACGCACAGAAGACACUGGACGAGCAAAUAGCGACACGAGAGGACGUCAAGAUUAAAGUGGAGGAGUGUACUAUGAAAGUGCAGGAAGGGAAGUUCAAGCUGCAGGAUCUGCUGGUGGUUCCCAUGCAGAGGGUGCUGAAGUACCACCUACUACUGAAGGAGCUGUUGACUCACUCGGCGGACCGACCGGAGAGACAACAACUGAAGGAGUCUCUGGAGGCGAUGCAGGACCUUGCCAUGUACAUCAACGAAGUCAAGAGGGAUAACGAGACGCUGAAGAAAAUCAGCGAGUUCCAAAGUUCAAUCGAGAAUCUUCAGCAGGUGAAACUGGAGGAGUACGGGAGGCCAAAGAUAGACGGAGAGCUGAAGGUGUGCUCCAUCGUCAACCGAACGAAACAGGACCGGUAUAUAUUCCUGUUUGAUAAAGUGGUCAUUGUCUGCAAGAGGAAAGGCUACAGCUAUGAGCUCAAAGAGAUUAUCGAACUGCAGUCAUAUAAAAUGUCCGACGACCCCAUGAACAACAGAGACAUGAAAAAGUCCAGUGGAAAAAUGUGGUCGUACGGUUUCUACCUGAUCCACCUGCAAGGGAAGCAGGGCUUCCAGUUCUUCUGUAAAACAGAGGAGACAAAGAGGAAGUGGAUGGAGCAGUUUGAAAUGGCCAUGUCCAACAUCAAGCCAGAGAGAGCCACAGCCAAUCAGCAUAACUUUCAGAUGCACACAUUCGAUAAGAACACCAACUGUCGAGCCUGCAAGAUGCUCCUGAGGGGAAUCUUCUACCAGGGCUACUACUGCUCUCGCUGUGGAACAGGAGCACACAAAGAGUGUCUGGAAGUCAUCACCAUCUGUAAAAUAAAUCCUCUUGACUUGGAACCUGGAUUAUCAUCAGGCCCCAAGAUGGUGGCAGUGAGGAACUACCACGGCACGCCUGCUCCACCGGGGAAGACGCCGCUGUGUUUUCAAACAGGAGAGUUUAUCGAGCUGCUGAAGGGAGAUCCUGACACCACGUGGUGGGAGGGAAAACUGAUACAAACACUAAAGAGCGGCUUCUUUCCCAGUUCUUGUGUAAAACCAUGUUUGGAUCCAAAGCCGUUCCAGUCAUUAUCUACCCGGCAGUGCUCCAGGGAAUCAGACUACUAUGGAUAUCCUUGGUUUGCGGGGAACAUGGAGCGCCAGCAGGCCGAUAACCUUUUAAAAUCCCACAGCAGCGGGACCUACCUUAUCAGAGAGAGGACGGCGGAGGCAGAGAGGUUCGCCAUCAGCAUCAAAUUCAACGAUGAAGUAAAACACAUCAAAGUCAUUGAAAAAGACAGCUGGAUUCACAUCACUGAGGCCAAGAAGUUUGAGAGUCUUUUGGAGCUGGUGGAGUACUAUCAGGCACAUUCACUGAAAGAGAGCUUUAAGUUGUUAGACACCACCCUGCGAUACCCGUACAAGUCGAGAGAACGCUCGCUAACACGGGCCAGCACACGCUCACCAGAUGUACCCAUACAGAUGAACGCUCAAAUAUCUGGAUCAGCAGCCACCUGCGCCUCCUACAACUUCUCCUUCCUCAGUCCGCAGGGCCUCAACUUCUCCUCUCAGAGCUCAGCUCCCUUUUGGUCAGUGUUCACUCCUCGGGUGGUCAGCUCAGCGGUGGCCAGGUAUAAUUUUGCAGCGAGAGACAUGAGAGAGCUUUCUCUGCGGGAAGGAGACAUCGUGAAAAUCUACAGCAAGAUCGGAGGAGACCAGGGCUGGUGGAAGGGAGAGGCCAACGGACGAAUUGGCAUGCGUUUCCUCAACGUACGGUGACGAAGAAGGCGUUCAGUAAUGCCCUGCGGCAGAGGAUUACUGGCCUCGCGCCUUCUAAAAUUCCAAGGAACCAUCAUCUAAUCUACUGUUCUCAGAGAAACCCCACUCACUCGUCUCGCAGGAAAUACACAAGGAAAAAAAAAAACGUGCUUGCUGUUGUUUUUUUGGCUGGUGAUACCCGAUC